UCUCUCUGGCGGCGCUACACCUCGUGAUAGAAGCGCUAGUGCGGACGUGUUCCUCUUUCCAGCCCCCCGCCGGCUUCAGCAAGAUCGCAGCUCUGCUCUCUCGAGCCCAAACUUCUGCAAACAUGGGAUUCCGCAAGAAAAGUAACAAGAACCCUCCGGUUUUAAGCCACGAGUUUAUCAUCCAAAACCAUGCCGACAUUGUUUCUUGCGUCGCUAUGGUCUUUCUUCUUGGAUUAAUGUUUGAGGUCACAGCCAAGGUUGCAGUGUUGUUUGUUACAGUCCAGUAUAAUGUCACCAUUACAACAAAUGAGGGACCAGAAGAAAUAACAAUGAACUAUUUCCAACAUGGAGUGAAAGAUCUGGCCACAGCUUUCUUUUACAUGCUGGUGGCUAUUAUAAUGCAUGCUGUUAUCCAGGAGUAUGUGCUUGAUAAAAUCAACAGGAAAAUGCAUUUAUCCAAAACCAAGCACAGCAAAUUUAAUGAAUCAGGACAACUAAGUGCCUUUUAUUUAUUUUCUUGCAUCUGGGGUAUGAGCCUUCUCAUGUCUGAAAAUCUUUUGUCACAGCCUGUCCUUUUAUGGGAAGGUUAUCCUCACACCUUAAUGUCGUUCCAAAUGAAAUUUUUCUAUAUCUGCCAGUUGGGUUACUGGUUACAUGCUUUACCAGAGCUUUAUUUCCAGAAGAUCAAGAAGGAAGAAAUUCCUCACCAGCUUAUUUACAUCAGCCUUUACCUCAUCCACAUCACAGGAGCGUAUCUCUUGAACCUUAACCGCCUGGGCCUUGUCCUCAUGGUUUUGCACUACUUCAUCGAGCUGCUUUUCCACAUCUCCCGCCUUCUGUAUUUUAGUAAUGAAAAUAGACAAACAGGUUUCACAAUUUGGGCUGUCCUCUUUGUCCUUGGCCGGCUGCUCACACUGUCUCUGUCUGUCCUUACUGUUGGGUUUGGUCUUGCUGGAGCUGAGAACCAGGGCCUAGAUCUUGCAUCUGGAAACUUCAAUGUGUUUUUUGUUAGAAUCACUGUGCUUGCUGUGAUCUGUAUCACCCAAGUCUACAUGAUGAGGAAAUUCAUCAGCUUUCAAUUAAGGAGGUGGAGAGAGCACGCUCAAACCCAAACUGUCAAAAGAAAAUCUGCUCCAGCGAAAAGUAAAUCAAGAAAAGCUAAUGGAGUGAAUGGAUCACUAACAGCCAAUGGAGCUGAUUCCCCACGUGCCAAGAAAGAGAAGUCUUCAUAACUUAAACUUUGGAGCUACUGAACAGCAUUCUUGCCUGGAACAAGCCAUUUUAGUUCUCAUUCUCCAUUUGGACACUUUGCCACCCAAAAGUGAGAUCAUAGAAGAAGAAGAGGAAAAAAAAAAAGAAUGGGAAUAUUUUGCAUUUGUUGUCUGAAAUAAAACCGAGCUUUUGGCCAAAUUUAUAAGAAAACAUGAUUUUAAAUAUUCAAGCGUUACCAUUUGACAAAAAAAAUCUAAACCUCAAGUGGCACAGAACAUAAUUUUUCAUUCUUGAUACUCAAAUCAUUCUUUUGUUGUUUUCUGAGAUGUGAAAAUGGAUAAACUUUGGAAGACAUUCCUCCAGUAUUUUUAUUUCUAUAACCAAUGAGUCAAGGGGGAUUGCUAGAAAAGUAAUGUAGGUAAGAUACACAUGCUUCAGCAGUUUAACUUGCUGCCUUUUUGCAAGAUUUGAAGAAAUGUUAAUGAUGCAUUCGCCGUUUCCCCCAUUAUUGUUGAUAAAGUACCAGAAAAAAAAAACAAACAUGCUUAACAUCCAGAAAUGUGAUGACCCGAAGUAUCUUAAAUGACAGAAUUUGUCAUAAGCAUGUCACCGUCCUUCUUUUUGUUAGUAUCUUCUCGGCCCUUUAUGGAUUUACUUUUAAACAGUCGGCCACUAUGCCAGAACAUGGAGGUAAAAGAUGCUUUUCACUUUGCAGUUGGCUGGCGAGCUUUGACGUAGUCACUAAGUGGAUGUCCGUUGUUUUGUCUCUUCAUGAAAUUGUUUUUUUUAUUUUCUUCUUCUAAGGCUGGCCAAUCACACACACAUUAUGUAGCCUGAGAUUUCGGAGUGUGCCUUUCACUGGGCCCUCCAUCUCAGUUGUGGGUGAUGUCCAUGUAAUAAUGUAGAUCUUUAAAGUCGAUAACAUGAGCAGAAACACGAGUGCUCUUUGUCUAGUUUAACUUUUCUGUCAAAUGACCACAGAUGUCCUCAAAUUUAAGGGCUAGGUUUUACGCUAGACCAAAAGAGGUAGCCUGAUAACAGAAUACAUUAACUUUUACAAGUUCCAUGUUAAAAUAUUGUCAGACCUGACACCAUUUUUAGGGGGGGGGGGGGGGAGAUUUUAUACCUUUUUGUGAUUGUGGUUCUCUCAAGAAUAUUUUUCAAUGAAUUUUGGUUUGGUUAGGCAUGGGAGAUGAAAUUGUGCAGAAUGGAAAAUGACUGCAGAUGCACCACACCACCAGCAUUUUAUAGCACAUGACAUUUUCUUACUUUAUUUUUAUAUCAUAACGCACAUCUUGGUGUCGUACAAAUAUCCAUCCAGCAGGGCGAGGUGCAGCAGCUGUGUCUGGAGGUAAAUAUUUAGUAGUAAUUUAUAACUGAUAUUCAUAAUGAAAAGGGGGUUUUGUAUGAGCCUCAAUUUAAAUAAGCACACAGUACAUUAGGGAACGCUCAUUUAUAAUUCAAGCCAUGUUCAUUUUUUUCCCUCAAAAGCCACAUCAUCCAUUUUUUUUUAUUUUUAUUUUUUUUUUGCAAGGCACAGUGCUAUAAGAUACAAAUUAAUGAAAGUGUAAAAAUAAUUUAUAACUGCUAUUUUUUCUGGACUUCACAUAUUUCAGCAAAGCUUGGUCCAAGUAUUUUUAAAAAGCAAUCUGCUGUAAAUAAUAAAUGUUUUGUUGAAACAA